UUAAAUCAAAGUUAUUGUGAUUUUUGUGUUGAUUCGUCUACCGAAGUAAAACAUUAAACAAUAAGCAAUAAAUAAAUGAAGAUUUAAAAAACAAUUGAAGAGCAAUCAUAAUUGUCGUUAGGUUGACAGAAUAAUUAAAGCCAGGAAAGUCCCUGUCUGUUUAAAAAUGAAGUUUGCUUUAGCGCUUGUUGCUAUACUUCUAGUUUAUAAUAUAAAUGGAAGCGCUGCCGCUCGAUCGAAACGCAGUAAGAUGCCGAAUCAACCAAUAAAAGUAUAUUACUAUCCACUCUCACCUCCGUGUCGUGCUGUUCUUUUGACUGCAAAACUUCUGGGACUGAAGGUGGAACUGAUACUGAUUAAUAUCAUGGAGGGAGAACAAAAGACGCCAGAGUUUAUAAAGAUGAAUCCUCAACAUACAGUGCCUACAAUAGACGAUAAUGGUUUCAUAUUGUGGGAAAGUCGUGCGAUAAUGGCGUACUUGGUGAAUGCGUACGGUGUGGACGAUGCCUUGUACCCGAAUGGUCCUCAGCAGCGAGCCGUGGUCGAUCAGCGCCUUUACUUCGAUUUGGUUUUCUUACAGAAGUCUAUGGAAUUAUACUGGCCCAUGUUAGCAGGGAAAGAAUAUAAUGAAGAGAAAGCUGAAAAGUUGAAAGAGGCAAUUGGCUGGUUGAAUUCAAUGCUGGUAGGUCGAAAAUUCGUCGCUGGAGACAAACUUUCAAUCGCAGAUAUUACCACAGUGGUUACAAUGAGUAAUUUGGACAGCUUGGGAUUCGACUACAGUUCUUACCCUAACGUCAAAUCUUGGUUUGAAAGAACAGUUAAAGAAUUGGAACCUUACGGAUAUGAAGAAAUCAACAAAAGUAACGCAGACAAACUUGCAACGAUGUUGAAGAAAGAAUAAACUACAUACAAACACGCACAUUAAGCAAUUUGCCAUGCCUUGUAGAUUGCAUUAGUAAUAAAAGCUUAUUGUUACUCUUAUCA